AUGGUUACAGUUUUGUCAGAUUCCGAUGAACCUCCCUGUGCGGAUACAGACCCUUCCAUUCUCUCUGAAAGCCCGCGGCCAGCAAAACGACGACGCGUCUAUAACCCUCCCGUCUCCUCUCCCACAGGUAUAAGUAGCCAAGCCGAGGAGGCGGAAGAAGAGGAGACAGGGGAGGAUAGUUUGGACGAUGAAGAUGGGAUUAGCAUAGGAUCAAAUAAUGAAACGGAAGAGGAAUCAGAGGAUGGGCUUCCGCCCCAAAAGGCACAAAUCCCAAAAACUAGGGGGGAGGCCCCAAAGCAGCAGGCGAACAAUUUAAAAGUAUAUCAACCGAAAUACUAUACAAACCAAGAACCGGUCUUUGUUACUCAGUUGACACAACCAUCUUCGAGUCCUUCAAGGAUCCGUGGGCCGCGAUGGAAAAAACCUCAGCCACAGCAACACAAUCCAAGCCCGCCGAGACCACCACCUCCUACACAUUCUCCUUGUCCUCCUAUAUACCCUCCUCGACAACAAUCAAAUGGAGAUUCUAGCAAUCUGCAAAACGCUGAAGGCUCUGAUGAAGAUAUCAAAGCAGCCAUACGCGAAUCCCUUAAAUCACUACGAGAGGAGACAUCUGUUCGUGGGACAAAAAUAAGGAACCGGAUUGCUAAUAACCCCGUAGAAAAAACGGGCGAUGUUUCCUCUUUACCACCAGCUGCGGGAAACAGCCCGGACUUGACUGCACUAGCUUUGGAUUUUGAUCCUGAUGAUAUCCCUGAUGUGUUUGGUUCUUCGCCCAUAUCUUCCCCUCGACAGACUCCCACAAAUGGGCGCGUUACUAGUCAAUCUCAGACCGGGCUUCAAACCUCACAAAGAAAACAAACAAACUCUCAACCAAAAAGCCUUCGCCAGACCACAUUAUUUGGCGGAAUUGCAAGCAACCAAUCCCCAUCUCAAUCGGCGACCUCCAGGAACUGGCCUUUGGCCACUCAAAACGAGGUUCCAACACAUCAUGCGCUUAAUUCAGAAGCCCUGGAAACGUGGACGUAUCCAAUGAAUUUGGGGAGAAAACGUGAUUAUCAGUUUAAUAUUUCCUACCGCGGUCUGUUUCAUAACCUUCUUGUUGCCCUACCCACUGGUCUUGGAAAGACGUUCAUUGCUGCGACUGUGAUGCUUAACUGGUUUAGAUGGACAAAAUCUGCUCAGAUUGUAUUUGUCGCUCCAACUAAGCCACUCGUUGCGCAACAAGUUGAUGCAUGUUUUAAUAUUGUUGGAAUUCCCCGGUCCCAAACCACGAUGCUUACAGGAAAUGUGCCACCUGGCUUAAGAGCGACAGAAUGGGAAUCGAAGCGUGUCUUUUUCAUGACACCUCAGACCCUUAUUAAUGACCUCAAGAGUGGCAUUGCUGACCCAAAGCGAAUUGUGCUAUUAGUUGUUGAUGAGGCGCAUCGUGCCACAGGUGCAUACGUAUACGUUGAAGUUGUCAAGUUUAUCCAACGAUUUAAUACUAGCUUCAGAGUCCUGGCGUUAACCGCGACUCCGGGCUCAACGGUUGAGACAGUCCAGGAAGUAAUUGACGGAUUGAACAUUUCAAGAGUCGAAAUACGCACUGAAGCCUCUCUGGAUAUCCGUGAAUAUGUACAUGCUAAAAACGUGGAGACCAUCUCUUUCUCUAACUCUGACGAUAUGAAGCUUUGCAUGGAUCAAUUUUCAAAAGCAUUGAGGCCCGUUGUUGAGAAACUUCGUAACAUCAAUGCAUAUUGGGGAGAUGACCCGAUGUCCCUCACUCCUUUUGGGUUAACUGAGGCCAGAAAAAAGUGGAUUAUGUCGCCAGCAGGUAGAACAGCUAACUGGGGUUUAAAAGGAAUGGUCAAUAGCAUAUUUACAGUCCUGGCUAGCCUAGCUCAUGCCAUCGAGCUUCUCAAAUACCACGGAGUUGGACCUUUUUAUCGUAACUUGGUGUCGUUUCGUGAUGGUCCCACUGAUGGAAGUCAAGGGAAAGGAGGAAAAUAUGGUCGACAGAUCAUGGAUGAUGCGAAUUUUAAAUCCAUGAUGACUACGUUAAGGUCAAAAAUGACUGAUGCGGAUUUCAUUGGCCAUCCCAAGUUGGAAUACCUCAAACGAGUUAUUUUGAACCACUUUUUGGACGCAGAUACCAACAGCCACACGGCUGAUUCACCAAAGACACGAGUGAUGGUGUUUAGUCAUUUUCGUGACAGUGCAGAGGAAAUUGUCCGGGUUCUCAAAAAACACGCUCCAAUAAUCCUGCCACAUGUUUUCGUAGGCCAGGCAAGUGCCAAAGGCUCCGAAGGCAUGGACCAGAAGAAACAACUAGAAAUUAUUAAGAAGUUCAAAGAGGGAACGUAUAACACCAUCGUUGCCACUUCUAUUGGAGAGGAAGGCCUUGAUAUUGGAGAAGUUGAUCUUAUCAUAUGUUACGAUUCUUCAGCGUCGCCUAUUCGUAUGCUGCAGAGAAUGGGGAGGACCGGAAGAAAACGUAUGGGCAAGGUCGUUCUCUUGCUUAUGGAAGGCAAAGAGGAGGAAAAGUACUUCAGGGCAAAGGAUGACUACGAGAAGAUGCAACAAAUCAUUGCUUCUGGAUCUCACUUUACAUUCCAUGAGGACAAAUCUCCUCGCAUUAUUCCACGUGAUAUCCAGCCGAGAGUAGAUGAGAAACGCAUUGAGAUACCCAUAGAGAACUCGCAGGCGGAACUACCGGUGCCUACAAAACGUGGCCGCAUACCGAAACGACCACCAAAGAAAUUCCACAUGCCCGACGGGGUUCAAACAGGCUUCACGAACGCCCUAACAUUGACCAGUGCUGAUAAGAAACCUAAAAAGCGGAAGAAUUUACCUGAACAUCAAGAACCAAGCCCAGAGCUUGCAGAACUCCCGCCCUUGAACGAGGUUACUCUUACUCCAGAUCAAACUCUCCAACUGAGACGGAAUUUUCAGACCGUGGCUGGAACGGCACCACAGGUCAUGCGCUUCCCUCGAGUUGACGCUUAUCCAGCUCUUCAAAGAUUCUGUCGGCCCACUGUAGAUGUGCCGCAUGGGACCCUGACCCGCAAUCUAACAAAGGCGGUCCGUGAAAUGUCGGAAUUUGGCAUUGAUUGUGAUGAAAAAUACGAGUCUUACCUUCCUGACAUUCAUAACUGGGAACCCGACGACAAAGUGCCCUCACCUAUUUCCGACGAUGGCCAUGAACAAGAUUCUUCUAUUGAUAAACUAGGCAACGGCAUAGUUACUAAGACACUCGACCGGCAGCAGAGAACACAGCAGGACGAUCAAUCUGAGCGCGGGCUCUCAUUGAUGUGUACCCAGGCCUCCGGCUCGUUCGGUUUCAACAACGAUAACAUAAAUGCACCUGAGCAUAGCGCUGAUGAUGAUUUCGCUGACAUUGAUCAGUUAUUUGCGGAAUCCUUUGCUAGCAACGAUCCCUUUGCUCGAAAACCCGCUGCUAAGACGACAAGGGAUGUAGUUCCUGUUGGGGAGACAAACGAAGAUGUUGCUCAUAUUCUUAGUGAUUAUAGCGGGUUUUCUAGUGAUUUCUAG